GAACCGGCCGGUUUGUUGUUUCCAAAAGAGAGAGGGUUGGGCGAGAGUAGGAGGCGGAAGGGAGAAAAAAAAAAAUGCGGAGCACACCACCGUUGGCGACGACGGAGAUAUCUCCAGCGGCUUUGAUCAACUACAACCGCUUCUCCUCCUCCUCUUCAGGAAUCUCUCACUUCUCUCCUCCGAGAAACCACUCGUCUCUCUUCCUCCUCUCCCCGACGGGCUCUGUUUCUCACACUCCGUCUUCAAAAUCAGUAGGAGUAUGCAAUGCAAGUCAAAUAGCUGAUCUUUUCCCAGCGGUUUCACCUGAGAUCGUUGUACGGGAAGCGAGGUUGGAGGAUUGCUGGGAAGUGGCUGAGACUCAUUGCAGCUCCUUCUUCCCUGGAUACUCGUUCCCUCUUGAUAUUGUCCUGAGAGUCGAUAGGUUGAUGGCGAUGAUAAUGGGGUUCUCUGUUCCACCAGGGUGCCAGAGGAUCUGCUUAGUCGCUGUGAUAGGUAGCUCGGUUGAUGAAACCAUCUGCAUCGGUAGCCAAGGUUUCAAGAUUGGUGCUUUCGAUGCAAAGAUUAGUCUUAGCAAAGGCUAUGUAGCUGGGAUCUUGACUGUUGAUACCGUCGCGGAUUACCUUCCAAGGAAAGGUCCUCUCCGCCAGAGAAGGACGGGGAUUGCUUACAUAUCGAACGUGGCGGUUAGAGAGAGUUUUCGGCGCAAGGGGAUAGCAAAGAGACUCAUAUGGAAAGCAGAGGCUUUAGCUAAGAGCUGGGGGUGUCGAGCUGUUGGACUUCACUGUGAGCUCAGCAACUUAGGAGCCACUAAACUUUAUAAAGAUCAAGGUUACAGAAGCAUCAAGAUCCCUGAAGGAGCGAGUUGGCCACAGCCAAAGACAUCUCCUGACACCAGGUUUAACUUCAUGAUGAAGCUUUUGAACAACAACACUGCCCAGACUCUUGAACAGUUCCGGUAAUAGGGAUAAACAAACAACAAUGCUCUCAUUAUGUAAAUAUGUUGGUGGGUCUUAAGUUUUGGAAGUCUUGCAGUCACUGUCUAUAAUACUUUCCAGCAAAUUAAAUACGCUUUUUAAAGUUAUAAUACGCUUUUGAAAUGUACAGAGUUUUUCUUCAAAAUUU